CUUACUCUCUAAACUGCUCAAAGCAAAUACAAUGGAGACAGAAGGACUCAUGGUCAGCGAUUGGGACCGCAAGCUCUUUGGUCCUCUAGUUGAUAUCCCCGAAAAGUCACUUCUCCUUCUCGCUUCGGAUAUCUGUAAGCGCGUUCUCGGUGCACCGGGCUCCAAUGCAAAAUGGGUCGCGUGUAUCGUCGGGGAGUACAACAUCACCCAUACCAUACAACUAGAUGAUAUUAAACUUGAUAUCCGUAUACCUGCCACUGGUUGGGGUUCUGGAAAGACUGAGAUAGCAGCACGCGCCAUGGAAUCCCAAGUUGCCACAAUGCGUCUCAUCGGUAACUCAUGUCUGGUUCCGGGAAUCUGAUGCUAUCUUGCGAGAAAACCUGCGUUUUAACAUCUUAAAAAUCCUUGCGAAAGUUAUGGCUCAGUUUUCAUGCUUAACUUUUGACAAGAUAGGAUCCAUUUCAGAAGAUGAAUCUGGCU